CAAGAGGCCUCCUUCGGCCUUUUUCUUGUUCUGUUCGGAGUAUUGCCCAAAAAUCAAAGGAGAACAUCCUGGCCAAUCCAUUGGUGAUGUUGCAGAGAAGCUGAGAGAGAUGUGGAAUAACACUGCUGCAGAUGACAAGCAGCCUUAUGAAAAGAAGGCUGCAAAGCUGAAGGAAAAAUACGAAAAGGAUAUUGCUGCAGACCAAGCUAAAGGAAAGCCUGAUGCCGCGAAAAAGGGAGUCACCAAGGCUGAAAAAAGCAAGAAAAAGAAGGAAGAGGAGGAAGAUGAGGAAGGUGAAGAGGAUGAAGAGGAGGAGGAAGAUGAAGAAGAAGAUGAUGAUGAAUAAGUUGGUUCUAGCGCAGUUUUUUUUUCUUGUCUAUAAAGCAUUUAACCCCCCUGUACACAACUCACUCCUUUUAAAGAAAAAAAUUGAAAUGUAAGGCUGUGUAAGAUUUGUUUUUAAACUGUACAGUGUCUUUUUUUGUAUAGUUAACACACUACUGAAUGUGUCUUUAGAUACCCCUGUCCUGGUGGUAUUUUCAGUAGCCACUAACCUUGCCUGGUACAGUAUGGGGGUUGUAAAUUGGCAUGGAAAUUUAAAGCAGGUUCUUGUUGGUGCACAGCACAAAUUAGUUAUAUAUGGAGAUGGUAGUUUUUUCAUCUUCAGUUGUCUCUGAUGCAGCUUAUACGAAAUAAUUGUUGUUCUGUUAACUGAAUACCACUCUGUAAUUGCAAAAAAAAAAAAAGUUGCAGCUGUUUUGUUGACAUUCUGAAUGCUUCUAAGUAAAUACAAUUUUUUUAUU